AGGGGAACACUCGUUCCGCCCCUCAAUAACGCUUUCCUUGUCUUAGACACUUUGCUUUUUUAACUGAAGAAAAACAACAACAACGCUGCCGCAGUAUCAUGACGAACCGGGGCACCCCCGAGCCCUGGGGAUUUUGAGGCCGACCGAAGCCCCAUCUCGCACGGUCAAGAAGACCUCGCGUCUCCAUCCCGGUGGUCGGGGGGAGACGGAACGUCAAGGAGCCCAGGAGAAACACAUAGCUACGCCAGAGACACCGGACCGCGACCGAAACAGAACGACGGAAAAUGGCAUCGUCAAGUAGCACGUCCCCAGAAGGAGGGACCCCGCCGCACAAGAACCGCAUUCGGCAGUCUGACAGUAACACUAGUUUCCUGCGUGCUGCGAGGGCGGGGAACCUGGACAAGGUUCUGGAGUUCCUGAAAGACGGAGUUGACAUCAGUACCUGUAACCAGAAUGGUCUGAAUGCGCUGCACCUGGCAGCUAAGGAGGGCCAUGAGGACCUGGUGGAAGAACUACUGGAGAGAGGCUCCGCCGUCGACUCUGCUACUAAGAAAGGGAACACAGCCCUCCACAUCGCCUCGCUGGCCGGACAGAAGGAAGUAGCUAGACUGCUGCUGAAGAGAGGAGCCGACAUCAACGCCCAAUCACAGAAUGGCUUCACUCCUCUCUACAUGGCAGCCCAGGAGAAUCACCUGGAGGUGGUCAGAUACCUGCUGGAGAAUGGAGGGAACCAGAGCACUGCUACUGAGGUAGGAUGGGUUCACCCCCUGGCCAUAGCCUUGCAGCAGUGUCAUAACCAGGUGGUCUCUCUCCUCCUGGAGCAUGACACCAAGGGCAAGGUGCGGCUGCCUGCCCUGCACAUCGCUGCCCGGAAGGAUGACACCAAGGCAGCUGCCCUGCUGCUACAGAAUGACCACAACGCUGAUGUUCAGAGCAAGAGUGGGUUUACCCCCCUGCACAUCGCUGCUCACUAUGGCAACGUGAAUGUCUCCACCCUCCUGCUGAACCGAGGGGCCGCCAUAGACUUCACAGCCAGGAAUGGGAUAACUCCUCUCCAUGUGGCCUCUAAGAGAGGGAACACCAACAUGGUAGCUCUACUGCUGGAUAGAGGAGCUCAGAUAGAUGCCAAGACCAGGGACGGCCUCACUCCUCUACACUGUGCAGCGCGGAGUGGACAUGACCCCGCCAUAGAACUACUGCUGGAGAGAGGAGCACCCAUACUGGCUAGGACCAAGAACGGUCUCUCCCCCCUCCACAUGUCGGCCCAGGGAGACCAUGUGGAGUGUGUCAAACACCUGCUGCAGCACAAGGCGCCUGUUGAUGAUGUCACCCUGGACUACCUGACGGCGCUGCAUGUCGCCGCCCACUGUGGUCACUACAGAGUCACCAAGCUGCUGCUGGACAAGAGGGCUAACCCCAACGUUAGGGCUCUGAAUGGGUUCACUCCGCUGCACAUCGCCUGUAAGAAGAACAGGGUGAAGGUGAUGGAGCUGCUGGUGAAAUACGGAGCCUCUAUCCAGGCCAUCACAGAGUCUGGUCUGACCCCCAUCCAUGUGUCAGCCUUUAUGGGUCAUCUCAACAUGGUGCUGCUGCUGCUGCAGAACGGAGCCUCGCCUGACGUCUGCAACAUCCGUGGUGAGACAGCGUUACACAUGGCGGCCCGUGCUGGUCAGAUAGAGGUGGUUCGAUGUCUCCUGAGGAACGGAGCUCUGGUCGACGCCAUGGCAAGAGAGGACCAGACCCCCCUCCACAUCGCGUCCCGUCUGGGAAAGACAGAGAUCGUCCAGCUGUUGCUGCAGCACAUGGCUCAUCCUGACGCCUCCACUACUAAUGGAUACAGUCCUCUACACAUCGCUGCCAGGGAGGGACAGGUGGAGACCACCGCUGUGUUGUUGGAGGCUGGGGCUUCACACUCACUGGCUACCAAGAAAGGAUUCACUCCUCUACAUGUAUCAGCCAAGUAUGGAAGCCUGGAGGUGGCAAAACUCCUCCUGCAGCGCAAAGCUAUGCCUGACGAUGCCGGCAAGAACGGUCUGACUCCGCUGCACGUGGCAGCUCACUAUGACAACCAGCAGGUGGCGCUGCUGCUGCUGGACAAAGGGGCGUCGCCCCACGCCACCGCCAAGAACGGAUACACCCCACUCCACAUCGCGGCCAAGAAGAACCAGACGUCCAUUGCCUCGUCUCUGCUGCAGUACGGAGCGGAGACCAACGUCCUAACCAAACAGGGGGUCACCCCUCUACACCUGGCCUCACAGGAGGGGCACAGCGAUAUGACCAGCCUGCUGCUGGGCAAGGGGGCACACGUCAACACUCCCACUAAGAGUGGUCUGACACCGCUCCACCUCACGGCCCAGGAGGACAGAGUGAAUGCAGCAGAAGUUCUGGCCAAACGUGAUGCUAACCUGGACCAGCAAACCAAGCUCGGCUACACUCCUCUCAUAGUUGCCUGUCACUAUGGAAACGCAAAGAUGGUCAACUUCCUCUUGCAGCAGGGCGCCGGUGUCAACGCCAAAACCAAGAACGGUUACACACCUCUUCACCAGGCAGCACAGCAGGGCCACACACACAUCAUCAACAUCCUGUUACAGCAUGGAGCAACACCCAACACUACCACUGUGAAUGGGAACACUGCUCUGUCCAUUGCCAGGCGUCUGGGUUACAUAUCUGUCGUUGACACUCUGAAGGUCGUCACAGAAGAGGUCAUCACCACGACAACGACGGUGACAUCAGAGAAACACAAGAUGAAUGUUCCAGAGACGAUGACGGAGAUACUGGACGUUUCCGAUGAGGAGGGUGAGGACACUAUGACAGGUGAUGGAGGAGAGUACCUGAGAGCUGAGGACCUGAGGGAGCUGGGAGACGACUCUCUACCUGGACAAUACCUGGACGGAUUCAACUACAUGAGCCACAACCUGGACAGGUCUCAUCAGACCCCUGUCCACCAGAGAGAUGGAGUCCUAAUUGAAGACAUGAUCACCAGCCACCAGGUGUCGUCUCUGUCCAGAGAGAAUGAGAAGGACUCCUUCAGGCUGAGCUGGGGAGCAGAGCACCUGGACAACGUAGUGCUGUCAUCUAGCCUGCUGCACUCUGGCUUCCUGGUCAGUUUCAUGGUGGACGCCAGGGGCGGGGCCAUGCGUGGUUGCCGUCACAACGGGCUGCGCAUCAUCGUGCCGCCCAGGAAGUGUUCCGCUCCGACGCGGGUGACGUGCCGCCUGGUGAAGAGGCACCGCCUGGCGUCCAUGCCCCCCAUGGUGGAGGGAGAGGGGCUGGCAGGACGCAUCAUUGAGGUCGGCCCCACCGGGGCACAGUUCCUCGGGCCGGUGAUUGUGGAGAUCCCUCACUUCGCGGCCCUGCGGGGGACGGAGCGGGAGCUGGUGAUUCUGAGGAGUGAGAUGGGGGAGAGCUGGAGGGAACAUCACUGUGAACACACUGAGGAGGAACUCAACCAAAUACUGAACGGCAUGGACGAGGAGCUGGACUCUCCUGAGGAGCUGGAGAAGAAGAGGAUUUGCCGUAUUGUUACCAGGGACUUCCCACAAUACUUUGCGGUGGUGUCGCGCAUCAAGCAGGACAGCCAACUGAUUGGUCCUGAGGGAGGGGUGUUGAGCAGUACUCUGGUACCUCAGGUCCAGGCUGUGUUCCCAGUGGGAGCUCUCACUAAGAAGAUCAGGGUUGGACUACAGGCCCAGCCAAUCAGCGUAGACCUGGUAAAGAGAAUUCUGGGUAACAAGGCUACGUUUAGCCCCAUCGUUACCUUGGAGCCCAGGAGGCGGAAGUUCCACAAGCCAAUCACCAUGACGAUCCCUGUCCCCAAGAGCUCGACCAAUGACGGGACAGCCAACGUGUUUGGAGGAGACACGCCCACUCUGCGUCUGCUCUGCAGUAUCACUGGUGGAACCACUCCUGCCCAAUGGGAGGACAUCACUGGCUCCACCCUCACCUUCAUCAACCAAUGUGUGUCCUUCACCACCAACGUCUCAGCAAGGUUCUGGCUGAUAGACUGUCGUCAGACCCAGGAAGCUGUGAGUUUCUCUACCCAGCUGUACAGAGAGAUCAUCUGUGUCCCCUACAUGGCCAAGUUCGUCAUCUUCGCCAAGACGCUGGACCCCAUCGAGGCCCGCCUACGCUGCUUCUGCAUGACGGACGACAAGAUGGACAAGACACUGGAACAGCAAGAGAACUUCACAGAGGUGGCCCGGAGUAGAGACGUAGAGGUAUUGGAAGGGAAGCCUAUCUUUGCUGACUGUUUUGGGAACCUGGUUCCUCUGACCAAGAGUGGACAGCAUCACGUCUUCAGCUUCUACGCAUUCAAAGAGAACCGUCUCGCACUCUUCAUCAAGAUUCGUGACUGCGCCCAGGAGCCGUGUGGCAGACUGUCCUUCACCAAGGAGCCCCGCACCUACCGUAGUCUUACCCACAAGGCAAUCUGCAACCUGAACAUCACGCUGCCCACCUACUGCAAGGAGUCUGAUUCAGACCUAGACGCAGAUGACGAGAGUGACAAGAGUGACAAGAAAUACGACGAGACGGAGUCGACAGAGACUUACACGCUGCCGACCAAUCAGGUGCUAGACCCAGCCAUGCUGGCCAGCCCUGACCUCCUCUCAGAGGUCUCCGAUAUGAAACACGACCUCAUCAAGAUGUCCGCCAUCUUGACGACAGCGCAAACUGAACACCCAAGCUCUUCGGAUAGAGGAAGAGGGGGAGGAGGAAGAGGAGGAAGGACAGGGAUGGAGGAGGAACCCGGGGAGCCGUUUGAGAUCAUGGAACAGGUGAAAGAGGAUCUGGAGAAGGUUGGAGAUAUUUUACGAGGGGGAGAUACUGGAUUCACAAACAACAAAGAGAAGGUACUGCAGAUGUCCAAAAUGGAGGACGAGGAGUGGGUUCUUCUCUCUCAGACUAAAGCCAAAGCCAUGACUCCCUCUGAUGUUCAGGAGCCGGUACUACAAGAAGUUAGCAUUCAGAGGAAGACUUCUUCCACAAUAACCAAAGAGGUUAGAGAUAUGUCAGGUACGGUAUCUCACCUCAGUGGAGGCAUGAACCAGCACCUAGAAGAGACAUCUGGCGUAACCAGUUGCCCACUGCAGGACAGCAUAGUCCAGGAGAGAUUAGAUGAGGUCGUUCUGAAGCGGGAAGGCAAACGCCAUCCUCCUGAGAUCAAAAAGCCAAUCAGGAAGAAGUUGAGGGACAGGGAACGUUCUGGAUGCAGCAGUUCCGAGGGUGAGCUGGAAAGGAUGAGCUCUGAGGAGUCCCUUGAUGGAGAUGUUGUUCUGGGGAGCCGAGGCCGGGAGUGGUUCCCGGUGGUGUCUGGGUCUGGACCUGGAGUGGUGUCUGGGUCUGAGCCUGGAGUGGUGUCUGGGUCUGAGCCUGUAGUGGUGUCUGGGUCUGGACCUGGAGUGGAGCCCGGGACUGAGUUAAAACCGUCUGCAACCCUGGAUUGGGAUGUCGUACUGGGGGUGUCUGGGCUCGGGUCUGGGUCUGAGACUUGGUCUGGGCCUUCUGGACCAACCCCAGCCAUGGAGCCCCCAGUGUCGCCCCUGGUCGUGGAAACCCCAAUCGGUUCCAUAAAGGACAGAGUGAGAGCUCUGCAAAAGAAGGUUGAGGAAGAGGAAGAGGGGGAGGAUGGCCGUAAGCGAAAGCCUGCGCAGGCGCCAGUCCCUCAGAAUACAACUUUCAUCACCAUCACUAAGGAGACGGGUGAGCCCCAGAUGCCAGAUCUUCCCAAGCUUCCCAGAUCUCCGAAAUCCCCCCGGUCUCAGACGGAGAGGCUGGAGGAGACAAUGUCUGUCCGGGAGCUGAUGAAGGCAUUCCAGACUGGCCAGGAUCCUUCCAAGAACAAAACGGGGCUCUUCGAGCACAAAGCCAUGACGUCAUCAACAACCUCCACAUCGGGCUCCGAGGCAGUGAUCUACAACAGGGCUCAACCAGAGAACGGAGGGAUCCUCCUAGACAGGGCUCAACCAGAGGAUGGAGGGAUCCUCCUAGACAGGUCUCUACCAGAGGACGAAGGGAUCCUCCUAGAUAGGGCUCUACCAGAGGAUGGAGGGAUUCUCCUAGACGGGGCUCUACCAGAGGACGGAGGAAACCUUCUAGACAGGGCUCUACCAGAGGACGGAGGGAUCAUCCUAGAUAGGGCUCUACCAGAGUAUGGAGGGAUGCCUCUAGACAGGGCUCUACCAGAGGACGGAUGGAGCAGCCCAGAGAUGAUGCAGCUGGAGGAGCCAGAGAUGGGACUAGACAGGAGGUCUUCUAUAGAGAUGAUGCAGCUGGAGGAACCAGAGAUGGGACCAGACAGGAAGUCUUCUAUAGAGAUGCAGAUCAGCCCGGACAGGAAACCCUCUGAGGAUUUUAGCGCUGACAUCAAGGCCGAGCUGGAGGACAGUCCAGAGUACCAGCUGUUCAGACAGACCUCGUUCACAGGGGACGACAACCACCCCCAGGCUGAAGCAGCUGAGGAGGAGCUCCCACCAGACCACCCGAACGACACCCCAACCUUCAUGUUCAACCCCUGUAUGCAUGACGACAGGCGGGAUGAGUUAUUCACUAAGGCUGAGAACCUGGUGGGGAAUGAAAGCCCUGUGAGUCUGAAGCACGAAGGUGCAGCGGACUCUCCCGGGACUAGCAUAGGAACCAGGACUCCCCAUUCAAGCAUGGGGGAGAGUGAGAAACACGAAGGAUUGGCAGACACCCCACAGAUGAGCCCACUCACAUUCCCCACUCAGGAGGUUGACCUGCCCACAGUUUAUAAAGAGACAGAGAGAAUGGAUGGGAUGAAAGUACUAGGAGACGUGAUUCAUGGUGAUGAAGAAAUCUUUCCGGAAACUGAAGAUUUAGUUGUAGAAACCAAAUCAGUGACUCCAUCCCCUGUUCGGGAACCGCUGUUACAAGAAGUCAUGAUCCAACGGAAGACCUCCCCCAGACCGGUUACAGUGGUGAGAGAUAUGUCAGGGAUGGAGUCACUCCUCAGGGGAGAUAUGGAUCACUACCUAGAACAGAGACCAUCACCUGUCUGUGGCGCUGAAGUGAUGACAGUUCAGGAACCAAUGUUACAAGAAGUCAGGAUGGAAAGGAAAACCUCCCCCAGACCGGUUACAGAGGUGAGAGAUAUGUCAGGAAUGGAGUCACUCCUCAGGGAAGAUAUUGAUCACUACUUAGAACAGAGAUGUAUGGUAAUCAGUGGUUCACCAAAGGAUGACAUCGUCCAACAACAGAGUUUCAAACAGACCGUCCUGACCAGGGAUGACAAGCAACAAUCACUUAUUUUCUCCAGAAAGGAGGUGGACAUGUCUAUAGAAGAUACAGAGACAGAAAAAGAAGACUGGUGGAAAGUGCAAGACAUGGAUGAUGGUGGCGCUCGGGGUGCCGAAUCGAUAAUCUUGAACCCAGUUCAGGAACCGAUGUUACAAGAAGUCAUGAUCGAAAGGAAGAUAUCCCCCAGACCAGCUGUAGGAGUUAAAGAUACGUCAGGCAUGGAGGCACUCCUCAAUGGAGAUUUAAAACAGUACCUAGAAGACAGACCUGUAGAUCUCAGUGGUGUACCGGAGGAUGACAUCGUACAAGAGAGAUUUGAACAGGUUGUGAUUACACGGGACAGCAAAAGGGAAACCAACACGUUCUCCACUGAGCAGGCAGACCGGUCCGCAGCAGAUAAAGUGACAGAACGAGAUGUUGUUAAUGUAGUGCAAGUAGGAGCCAUGGAGGACGAUGUCAUCUACAGUGAUAAAGACUUCAUGCAGAGUUGUUCAGCUGGGGGUGAAGCAUCAGAAAGUUCAGCUACUACAGUAAUACGUUCAAGAGACUCAAAGAAGGUGACCUUUGACCUUCAAAGAACGUUUGAUUCAGUGCUCCCCGCUCAAGCCUCUGAAGAGGACGACCAGGUCCCUGUUGAGACAAGACCCAUCUUAGAGGACUGGGAUGAUUUAGAGAUAAAACCAUCGUACCACAAAACUAUAGAACUUUCAUACUCAAACCUAAACAUGCAAGACUCAAUUUCAGCAGACAGAAUUGCUCCUGAAUCUAGUUGGGUCGCACCAGAGCUCCAUGAAAGGGAUUCAGCUGAUCAUGGAGUGGUGCACAGCCCAGACAGUGUGGAUCAGGCCCUCAGACCUGCAGACUUAGAGGUCCUCUUUCCUUUGGCCCUGGGCCACCCAGAGAGACGACUCUCCCAUGGGGAUUCUCUGGAGACCAGUCCUGUCAUGGAUGAAGGUUCCUCCAGGAAGUCCCCUGACUCUAUAGAGCCAAGCUCAACCGGGGACUCCCCCUGCCUUGACUCACUGGAGAGCAGCCCCACUGAACCGAAACAAGACACAGGCUUUCAGGCGACAAAGAAGACAGCUGUUUAUGAAGACUACUUCUCUCAGCUUAGAGCUUGUCUCGGUGAGGAGCACGUCAGCAACAUUGAGAAUGAGGAUUACUCCAAACGGACCUAUCAAAUGGAUGGUGAGUGCGAGGGUCCCCUCCCAUUGAAGGGGGGAGAUCCUGAGUGGCUCUCCAUGCCCAUAAAUCUGAGCUCAAACCCUGAGGAUGAUAUGGACGACGUGGAUGCAGAGGGUAGCGAGACCGGCCAGAGACAGUUCACACCAGAGGAGGAGAUGUUCAAAAUGGCCGCCAAGAUCAAAACCUUUGAGGAGAUGGAGCAGGACGUCAAAACGAAGACAGACGGGAAACCCUCAGAUGGCUCUGUGUUAUCAGACUCUGAGGAUUAUGAAGAAUGUCAGUCGAUCGUUGACCUGAUGGACAGGGAGAAAGAGGAGAUAGAUGUAAUAUCAGCUAUGCAAGCCCACGAGGAGGAGAUGGAUCAGUCACAGUUGAGUGUCAGUCAGUCUGGUGAAAGUCUGUCAGUCAAACCAGAGGAGUUAUGCACCAGUGAUGAAAGCUUCAAGGAGGUGGAGGAUGCGGAUGGUAAGGCAGCCAUGUUGGAAAUGCAUCCCAAAGACAUGCCUGUUCAGGGAGAGCUGGUCCCAUGGAGUGCCAUGCCAGACGACAACGAGGGUGACAAUGACGACGAAGCCUUCGACGCACGUGUGGAGGUGGAGGAACGAAGGAUUAUGGGUCUCGUGGAAGACCGCCGUACACCUGACACCACACCGGGUCGCACACCAACCGAGGGGGGCACCCCCAACCCCUUCCAGUUCCAGGAAGGGAAGUUCUUUGAGAUGACCAGAGGGGGCGCUAUCGACAUGACAAGGAGGAGCGUUGAAGAGGAGGGCGAGGGCUUUGCCUUCUUUCACAUAGGAGAACACCCAGUUGACCAGGUCAUGAGGUGGACCAAACCAAAGAUGAUUCUGACUCCUCCUUCCAGACUAUACCAUUACCUGAGGCUGAUCAGAGGGGGGAAACCAGUGGCCAAACCCAGGAGCUCCAUCAAAAUGGAGCCAAAAGCUGAAACGUUCCCCCUGCUAGAAGCUAAGAUGGGAAGCUUCUUAGAGGUAGGUUCUCCAGACCCGACUAUAGCUGACCUCCAGAUGUUUACCACCGCUACUACUGUCACCCGCUCUGUGUACUCUGAACAGGUCCACCAGUCAUCAGACUCAUCCCUUGAGGAUGAAGAAGAAGAGGAAGAGGAGCAGUGCUCUAUCAUUGAGAUGCCCGCUGGCUAUAAUGACUCGGUGGCGCCCCCUAGUGUCCUACACGGGUAUGACACCUCAGCAGGGUCUGAAACCUCAGUGGUGCCCCCUAGUGUCCUUCAAGGGUAUGACACCUCAGUAGGGUCUGACACCUCAGUGGCACCCACUAGUGUCCUGGCAGGGUCUGACAUCUCAGUGGCAUCCCCUAGUGUCCUGGCAAUGUCCUACACCUCAGCAGACACUGUGGCUAAGGUUGAAAGCGGUUUCAAAUCAAAGAUACCCAUCAAAGCUGGUUCAGUGAAAUCAGACCUGGGCCUUGAGCAGAAAUCAACAGUGGAGGAAUCUCUUGUUCAGGACCGGAGGACGAGGUCCGAGGAGGAUUUUGAAGCCGGGAAGAAAAUCUUAACUGACAAAGACAGCAGGAGUCACUCCGACAGCGACCAUCCUACAACUAAAUCCAAACCUCUCACCUCCAGACUCCCUGUCAUGGGCAAACACAAACCCACAGCCCACUCCUCCUCCUCUUUCCAGCCCGACAGAGACCAGGGCUCUGACAUACGAGACCCUUCCCUCCGAUCCUCUCUGGAUGUCGACGACAUCAGUAGCAGCGGUGAUCACAACAGUCCAGAUUCUGUUAUCUUCAAGUAUGACAGACCAACGCCUCGCAGAUCUGCCCCAGACACGAGGGCUUUGUCGACUCAGACACGGGUUCGAGCUUCCUCGGUGACGGGGGAGGUGUUUGAGUCGAGACCCAUCUGGGAAGACUCAGUGGAGACUCAGAUGCAGCGAAUCUGGGCUGAUCGGACCCCGGAGCUGCAGCAAGUGGAUUGGCACGACGAUGCAGACAGGAAAGAGGAGACGUUGGCUAUCAUUGCAGACCUGCUGGGGUUCAGCUGGACAGAGCUGGCGAGGGAGCUGGAGUUCAACGAGGAUGAGAUUCAGGAAGUGAGGACAGAGAACCCUAACUCCUUACAGGAGCAGAGCCACGCCCUGCUGCAGCGCUGGGCUGAGAGAGAGGGAAAACACGCCACUGAGGACAGCCUGAUAAAGAGGCUGACGAAGAUCAACCGGAUGGACAUCGUCCACCUGAUAGAGACCCAGAUGAACAAGUCAGCGCAGGAGCAGACGUCCAGGACCUACGCAGAGAUAGAGAAGACUCUGGACCAGAGUGAAGUGUCUGUAGCCCUGUCCUCAGUGCAGGAGGACGUAGACAGCCUCAGACUGGUGAGGAGGGUGGACUCUUCCCCCAGACCGCCCCCAGCCGUCUCAGAGGAGGACCUAUCAGUAGCCUCCCUCCUGGACAUUCCUUCCUGGGCGGAGCCUAUGGGCCACACCCACUCAGAGAGCAUGCACGGACUAUUGGAGGACCUGGAGAUCACAACGGAGCUGAGCCCCAACCCGUGGGAUUCGGAGGACGCGGUAACAAGGGAGUCCGCCACCGCCAGCGAGCAAGUUUCAGCAGUAUCCUCCAUGGAGAAUCUAUCAGAACCCAAACAUGUAUUAGCGUUGGACCAACCGUCUACUAAUAGACCUAUCUCAAACAAAACACUCAUGUCUGAAACCCAAUCUGUGACUCCAGAUCUCCAGAUUCCAAAUGCCUUUGAAUUCAGUCCGUUAUCCCCUGAAAUGACAAUGCCCACUGAGAAGAUGAGGGUAUCGCCAGAAAGUCCAGAAAAACCAUUGAAUCUGAACAAGGAGUCAUCUUCUUCUGAAACCAGUCCAGUGUUACCAGACCUUCUCAGCCACAACUCAGAAGACAGCCAAGGUGAUGAACCACAAUGGUCAGCGACCAAUCUACAAACACCCCUGGAGUCAGGGGCACCCGCCGAGCUUGAUCAGCUGCUGUCGGAAUUUGAAGAAAUCAAACCGGAAUUCCGACCAGAAACUCUGGAACCACUGGACUCACCUCUUUCGGAAUCCAGCGAAGUGGGUCUUGAAGAUCUACAACCUUAUGUUGAGUUUGAAGAUCUCUUGCCUGAAUCAGACGGAAAUCCCACUGAGGGUGAGGAAGAGAUCUCUAGUCUAAGUCCCUCAUCCCCUAUUCAGAUCACCGGGGAGACAGCUGAAAUAAGUGUAGUGGCCUCAGUGCCGACCGAUCUCUCCCUGUCCUAUGAAACUGAUCCGGAGGUAUUUGGGGUGACCGCAGAUCUAAUCAAGACCUUGCCAGAACCUAGCCAAGUUACAGCUGAUCCAGUUCAGUUGAGCCACUUUGAGUACCUGCAAACACACAGAGCAGAAAAAUCAGAUCUCACUGGUUCCAUAUCUUUGGUUAGCCCCACUGCUGCUACGAAAUCCGUCGGAGCACCGGAAUCUCCAGAACCAUGCCAUAAAGUUCUUGAACUGUCAUCAGAAUCAAUUGUUCCAUCUCAAGAGUUCCAGUCACUCGAACAUGAUGAUGCUGCUGUUUUUACCGAACCUUCAACUGUAGAAGAACAUCGAAUCAGUCUCCCACAGCAGGACCAGGAAACAGUUGAUGAAGAAUAUGACAACUCCAAAGAAACAUCAAGCAUUCAAGCUGCAGUCAAAAAGGCAUCUAUUGAACAAAGCAAAGUAUUGUGCGAAUCUGGGGGAUUAACCACUGAGCCCAGCCAAUUGGUAGAUGAAACAUGCAUGAGCAAUACCCCAGAAGUUGUGUCACAUUUAAGGGAUAGCACUCCCCCUGAAACCCUUGAAUACGAUGAGCAGUCGCCCCAGUCACGUUCUGAAGUGACCCCACAGACUCCAGAGACCGUCACCGCCUACAGGUCACAUUUAAGGGAUAGCACUCCCCCUGAAACCCUUGAAUACGAUGAGCAGUCGCCCCAGUCGCUCUCUGACGUGACUCCACAGACUCCAGAGACCGUCACCGUCUCCAGGCACUUCAGCUUCGAGGAGUUGAUCCCUUACCAGAGUCCUAGGUACCUCAACAUGCUCUCUGAAGAGCUCAAGCCAAAUACCAGUGAGAAACCAUCAGAGAAUCCAGUCACCCCUGGUCCAGUAGAACCCAGGGCAGAGAUGGUAUCAGCUCAACCCGUUCCAGAGGUUACAGCAUCAGCCCAUGAUGAAGAGUUCUUCAUGGAGUUCAGCCUCCCUCCUGAGUAUGCUGAGGCAUCCUCCUCUAUCCACAAACCCAAGCCUCCGGCCUACGCAGAAGUCAUACGAGGAAGCACCACCAUGCACUUAUACGAAGACUCUGACCCGGAGACUUACUUUGACUGCAAACAGGGUGUCUCAGACUUCUUCGAGACGGAACCUGACGAACUGAAGAAGAGGGAAAGGUCAGGGGUCGGCCGAACCCAAGGACAAGCGUCCCAUUCAGGAGCCCUGGGGAGAAAGUACCAGAAGCCGACGGGCGCUUCCGGGUUGCUCCGCAGUGCGCAAACACGAGCGUGGAGUCCUGCUGUCCUCAGGGAGUGA